AUGUCCGGCAUGCACUCCAGCUUCUCCAGCUCCAUCACCGGCGACAAGCAACACAGCUACGCCGUCCUCUCCGCCAUUCAGCAAGGCUCCGCCGCCCAGGGCUCUCAGACACAGUCCAUUUACGGCCAACAACAUCGCAAGGACUCCGACGCCGCCUCAAUCUCCAGCUUCGGCAGCUCCGUCACUCUUCUGAAGGACAAGCUGCACCGUUCUCAUGAUAACAAGGCCUCAUCCUCAAAAAAGUCUUCUUCCCUGAUUGCUCGCCAGCGCGCCGCUGGUGACGCCAGCGGCCAGGUCCUCCAGAACCAAGUACGCCUUUCACUUUAA